CACAUGGGAGGGGGAAGGGAGAUGGGGGUGGUGGUAAAUUAAAAAAGAAAAAAGAAAAGUGUUGCUCGACUUUGAUUCAUUAAAAAGCGUUUUUUUUUUAAAUUAAGGAAUUAAAGAAAGUAAGGAGAAUUAUGGAAGGUUGGAUUAGAGUGAGAGAAGAGUGUUGGUUAAUUGAUCCUGAAUUCGCCUUUUCCUAUAACUUCUUCUUCUUUUCUAAUCGUUUAUUAUUCUUUUAUUGGAAUUGUUAUUGUUGUUGUUAUUCGAUGAUGAUAAUUCUUCUAUACUGCUUUUCUGUUCCUUGACUAUUACGGUAUUUAGGUUAAGUGAGGGAAACGCAAAUUCGAAGUUCCGUUGCUGUGGGCUUUUCAAUUUUGUAUUGGAAGAGUGUUUUUGGUUUUUGGUUUUUGGGUUUUGAUUCUAGGGUUUGGGUGUUCUUCUGUGUUUUCUUCUAUUCUUUUCUCCGAUCUUCACCUUCUAAUUCGAUGGAAGCUGCUGCUUCCGACGGCGGAAAUCACAACCUGAAUAAUGAUAAUAUUAACAAAAUUAGUAACUCAAGUGAGGGUCUGAGCAGGCCCAAGCGCCAGAUGAAGACUCCAUUUCAGCUGGAAACCCUCGAGAAGGCCUUUGCUUUGGAGACAUAUCCAUCAGAGUCGACGAGGGCUGAACUGUCGGAGAAAUUGGGGCUCACCGAUCGGCAAUUGCAGAUGUGGUUUUGUCACAGGAGGUUGAAAGACAAGAAGGAACCGGCGAAGAAACCACGAAAUGUGGUACCGGCGUUGCCUGAUUCUCCCAUUGACGAAUUGAGAGUGGUAGCCGAGCCGGGUAGUGAUUACGCUUCAGGGUCGGGCUCGGGUUCAAGUCCAUUCGGAGAUGUUGGGCUGCAUAAUGUGGCGUCUGGAAGUGGUGGAGACGAUAUGCUGAUGACGAGAAGGUAUUACGAACCUUCAAGGUCCAUUAUGGAACUUAGAGCCAUUGCUUGUGUGGAGUCGCAGUUAGGCGAGCCAUUGAGGGAGGACGGACCUAUUAUUGGGAUUGAAUUUGAUUCAUUACCACCUGAUGCUUUCGGAGCACCUCUAGUGGCUGAACAGCAGAAGCGAUCUGGACAUUUGUAUGGGGACAAAUAUGAUCAGCGGGAUGCAAAAUCAAAUAAAGCAACUGCAAGGGCAUUCCCGGAAUAUCCAUUUAUGCCAGACCAGUCUAGAAUUAGAGCUGAUGCUUAUGGACCAGUUGCCCAAUCACAUUAUCCAGAUUCAUUAGUCGAGGUUUCAGCAGCCAGGACUCCAUUUUUGCUUGGUCGUGAACAGUUGAAUAGGAGCCAUAAUUAUCAUGGUCAGGUCUCAAGGGUUCGUCUUCUGUCUCAACAGGAGCAGCAAGGAGUUGCAGUUCCAUCUCCUGCCGAUGAUAACACAUUUGUUCCUGCAAGUAUCAGGAAUCCAAUGGUUGUACAAGAAGAUUCGUAUAUGUUACCUGAUGGGCAAGUUUUCCCAAAUGAUGUCAUCAUUAGGAUGGAAAGAAAACGCAAGAGUGAAGAAGCUCGUCUGAACAAAGAAGCUGAAGCCCAUGAAAUAAGAAUGCGAAAAGAGCUUGAGAAACAAGACAAUUUGAGGAAAAAGAGUGAAGAGCGAAUGAGGAAAGAAAUGGAAAAGCAAGAUCGUGAAAGAAGGAAAGAAGAGGAGAGGUUACAGCGAGAAAAACAGCGAGAAGUAGAAAGGUUGAAGCGUGAGGAAAGACGUGAACUUGAACGGAGGGAAAAGUUUCUGCAGAGGGAGUAUUUGAGGGCUGAGAAGAGGAGGCAAAAAGAAGCUAUUCGCAAGGAAAAGGAAGCAGUGAGACGCAAAGCUGCUAUUGAGAAGGCUACUGCACGUAGAAUUGCUCGUGAGUCUAUGGAACUUAUUGAGGAUGAACAGCUUGAACUGAUGGAAAUAGCAGCUGCAAACAAAGGAUUAUCCUCCAUAUUAAGUCUUGAUCACGACACUUUGCAGAAUCUCGAGUCUUUCCGAGAUUAUCUAGGUGCAUUUCCACCCAAGUCUGUGCAAUUGAAAAAACCUUUCAGCAUUCAGCCUUGGAUCAAUUCAGAGGAGAACAUUGGUAACCUUCUCAUGGUCUGGAGAUUUUUUAUUACAUUUUCUGAUGUUCUAGAGCUAUGGCCCUUUACUCUUGAUGAGUUUGUUCAAGCUCUUCAUGACUAUGAUUCAAGAUUACUGGGUGAGAUUCACAUUUGUCUUCUGAGACUGAUUGUAAAAGAUAUUGAAGAUGUUGCAAGAACACCUUCUGCAGGAUUGGGAAUGAAUCAGAAUGGUGUUGCCAACACUGGAGGUGGACAUCCACAAAUUGUUGAAGGGGCAUAUGCGUGGGGGUUUGACAUUUGCAACUGGCAGAAACAUUUAAACCCAUUAACAUGGCCUGAAAUAUUUCGACAACUAGCAUUAUCAGCUGGAUUUGGACCUCAGUUAAAGAGGAGUUUGGCAUGGUCUGAAAUGCGUAGCAAUGAUGAGGCUAAAUGUGGUGAGGAUGUAGUUUCUACUCUUCGCAAUGGUUCAGCAGCUGAAAAUGCAUUUUCUAUCAUGCAAGAGAAGGGUUUGUUAGCUCCUCGAAGAUCUAGGCAUCGGCUCACUCCUGGAACUGUCAAAUUUGCUGCUUUCCAUGUCCUUUCACUAGAAGGCAGUCAGGGGUUAACAGUACUAGAACUUGCAGAGAAGAUACAGAGAUCUGGACUUAGAGAUCUGUCUACAAGCAGAACACCAGAGGCUUCUAUUUCUGUUGCUUUGACGAGGGAUACUAAGCUUUUUGAAAGAAUAGCUCCUUCUACAUAUCGUGUACGAGCUCCCUAUAGGAAGGAUCCAGAUGAUGCCGAGGACUUACUUUCAGUAGCCAGAAAGAAGAUUCAGGUAUUCCAGAAUGGGUUUUUGGCUGGAGAAGAUGCUGAUGAUGUUGAAAGAGACGAAGAAUCUGAAUGUGAUGAUGUUGAUGAAGAUCCUGAAGUUGAUGAUGUAGCGACGACAUCUUUGGUGAAUGAAGAUGUUAGCAAAGGAGAUGCUAACCUGGGAGUUGAGAAUGAAAACUCAUGUCAUGAUAUUGAUGGAAAUCCACAGAAUGAGAUUGCCAAAAAUAUACCAUCGUCUCCCCUAAGUGGCUCCAAGGACACAAAAUAUUUAAAUAUACCUACAGAGCAACAUGCUGCUGUUGAUGGGACUACUGUUACUGAUCUUGAUCAAGAAAAUAUGGAGAUUGAUGAGAGCAAGGAAGGUGAAUCAUGGAUUCAAGGACUUACAGAAGGUGAAUAUCAUGAUCUUAGUGUUGAGGAGCGGUUGAAUGCCCUUAUCGCCUUAACCAGCAUCGCAAAUGAAGGAAACUCAAUUCGCCUUGUUCUUGAGGAUCGCUUGGAAGCCGCGAAUGCUGUCAAGAAGCAAAUGUUGGCAGAGGCUCAGAUUGAUAAAUCUCGCCUGAAAGAAGAUAUCAUUACUAAAUCAGAUUUUCCAAUGCACAUUGUGAGCAAGGUGGAAACUGAACUCAAUGGUUCCGCUAUGGAGGAUGGCCAAAGCCCUUUUCCUGUUGCUGACAAUCAGAACAAUGAAACAACCCUUAGCACUGCAGAAAACCUCGGUAGUGUGCCUAAUGAGAGGGCUACUUUAGUGCCAGAUUUUUUCCCAGUCCCAGAUAACUUUUUGGCUCAACAAUGUGGACAUGCUUCAAAGAGGUCACGUUCACAGUUAAAAUCUUAUAUUGCCCACAGAGCAGAAGAAAUGUACACUUACAGGUCCUUGCCUCUAGGUCGAGAUCGUAGGCGUAAUCGAUACUGGCAAUUUGUUGCAUCUUCUUCAAGCAAUGAUCCUGGUUCUGGGAGAAUCUUUGUAGAAAUGUAUGAUGGAAAAUGGAUGCUUAUUGAUUCUGAAGAGGGCUUUGAUGCUCUUUCAAUGGCUUUGGACACACGUGGGGUUAGAGAAUCACACCUACGCAUAAUGUUGCAAAUGAUAGAGACAUCAUUUAAGGAAAAUGUUCGGAGGAAUCUGCAGUGUGUCAAUGUGAUGGUUCAAAGUCAAAUUACUCCUAAAAAUGAAAACGAUGAAUCGAGCUCUAGUCCUGAUUGCAAUGCCAGUUUUAACAGUCCUAGCAGCACUGUUUGCGGUUUAAAUUUGGAUACAACGAUAACAUCAUCUUCAUUUAGAAUUGAGCUCGGGAGAAAUGAAAAUGAAAAGAAGGCUGCAUUUAGAAGGUAUCAAGACUUGCAGAGGUGGAUGUUAAGAGAGUGCUUUAGCACAUCAACAUUAUGUGCCAUGGAGUUUGGAGAAAAAAGGUGCAGGCCGCUGUUGGACAUUUGCGAUUCUUGUCUGUGCUUGUUUGAUUCUCAACAUUCUCACUGCUCUUCAUGCCAUCAAACUUAUGGCACUAGUGAGAACGAUACUAAUUUUCUGGAACACGAAUGUCACUGUACGAGGGAAAGGAAGUCUUACCAUUGGGAUACACAUGCAUUAGAUGCAUCUCUUCCCCUCAAAAGUAGAUUACUCAAGGCCCUCUUAGCUUUCAUUGAGGUACAUGUUCCUUCAGAAGCUUUUCAAUUGUUUUGGACAGAACAAAGGAAAGAUUGGGGUGUCAGGAUGAAAUUAUCUUCAACUAUUGAGGAGCUACUACAGAUUUUGACCCUGUUUGAAAGUGUAAUUAAGCGAGACUUCCUAAAAUCAGACUUUACUACAACAGACGAACACCUGAGCUCAUGUUCUAUCUCUAGGAAUGUUAUACGUGACGCAGCAGAUGUUGGGUCUGUUCUUACAUUACCAUGGAUUCCACGGACUAGUGCAGCUGUUGCUUUAAGGCUUUGUGAGAUAGAUGUAUCAAUUUAUUAUAUCGGGUGUGAGAAACCAGAGCCUGACCAGUAUAAGGAAAUCGGAGAACAUGUAAACUUUCCCAGUAGAUUUGUCCAGAUUAAGAAUGAAAACGAACUGGACUAUGAUGGUCUAAUGAAGCAAGAAAACUUGGCUGAUCCAAAAAGUUUAAGGAACAGCUACAAACGUGGUCGAAGGAGUCGAGAUUAUGGACGUCGUAAAAGGUGGCAGAAAAAAGUUAAUGGUUCCAAAUCUAGCCAUGUCCGGCCAAAUGUGAAGAGUAAUGAGAAGAUGAAUGAAGAACAGAGGGAACUGGGACAAGGUAUGCAGGUUUUGGGGGUACGGGGUCGCCGUACUGUAAGGAAGCGAAGGGCUGAGAAUAGCAUUCCAGAUGAAGGAUUGUUGGGGCUCGUGCCUAGUAGUAGUACUCAGAAUAUAGAUGAAUCUCCAAAAGACUAUAUUGGGGAAUGGGAGGAUGAAAAAAUGGAUAGGUUCGUGGAUAUGGAAGAUGAUGAGAACGUGAUGGAAGAUGAAGAGAACGAAGAGGAUGAAGAGAAUGUAAACAACGUAGAACCAAUGGACUCAGACGAGGAUGCGCAGGAAGUUGGAUAUGAGCAAGGGAGUUGGGAGUAUGGUAUUGACAAUGGCACCUCCAACAGAUGGAAUGGUGAUUUAAGGGUGGCUAGUGAUGAGGAGGAUGUGGAGUUAUCUGAGGACUACAAUGGCACUGAAGAGGGUGGAAAUGAUUUUGGGGAGGAAGAGUUAGAUGAUGAUACGAGCGUGGAGUCGGAUUGUUCACCAAAUAGGAUAGUAGGCAAUAACGGUGGAAGAGAAUCCCCUGUUUCCGACGAUUAUAGUGAUUAAAUACUGAGAGACACUUGAGAAAAGCUGCGUAGUUUUGAAUACCCUUCACUAGCGGCUGAGUUUGUACAGGGGAAACAAAAUAGAGCAGUAUCCCCAAAUAUAUUAGUGUUAGAACCCCCUCGAGGGGCGGGCAUCAUGACUGGCAUUACCUACAGGAUCCCUACUCUAAUUUAUUGGUGGAAAUCUAGCGUUGUAUCAUUCCUCUUAGAGUAACUAUUUGAUAAUAAAACAAAAAAUUGUAAAGUUAAUAGUUGUUGAUACAUGAUGUUCUACAAGGGGAGAACCAUAUAGCUCUUGUUUACAUUGUAGAAUCGUCGAAAUUUUAUAAGGCUCUGUUUUAUUACUAACAA